UGUUGCAGCAGUGCAGAGCGAAAGAACAAAUCUCAUGUGACCAUCUGUCUACUUUUAUGUUUCUAAAGUUGGCAAUGGGCUUAGCCCGGAGCCAUCGGAAUGGAAUCUCACUGAUUUUUAUUUGUUCUGCAAAGGAACGGAUCUAAAAAAUCAAUAUACUCCUUAUUUUCGAGCAAAAUAACGAACAAAAUAUUUGUAGUAAUACACCCUUGACUUAGACAUCUUAUUUGGUCACAUAAAAAUUAUAAAUUACAAGUCUGCAGAAAUGUUGCGGCAGGAGCCUACGCCAUACGACUUAGCAUAUCGCGGUAAAACCGCGGCCGUGAAGAUCCUGCUGAACGAAAACGAGAAGCUGAAAACACAAACAGAUAAUAACGACCGAAUGCUGAUACAUUGGGCGGCGUUGGGUGGUCACGAUGAUCUGGUCCGACAUUUGCUCUCCCUCGAUGUACCGGUGGAUCCUACGGAUGACACAGACAUGACUCCGCUGAUCCUGGCGGCGUCUGCCGGUCGCGAGAAGGUCGUCAACACGCUGCUGAACGAGGGAGCGAACGUGAACGCGACGACGGUCGACGGUCACUCGGCUCUACAGUACGCCGCGUCGAAGAAUUGGAAGUCCAUCUGCGUGGCGUUGCUCGAGAAGGACGCCGACGUGAACAUCGCGGACAAACGGGGCGCCACGCCUCUGCACAGGUCCGCCUCGAAAGGCAACACGGCCAUCGUGAAGCUCCUCGUAGAGUACGGGAAGAAUUUGGAUAUAGAUCGGAGGGACGCGUAUGGUAAUACGCCGUUGCAUCUCGCUUGCGAGGAGGACCGCGUGGAUGAGGCGAAGCUGCUGGCGGCGAACGGCGCGGACCCAACGAUCACCAAUAAGGACCGCAAGACUCCGUUGGAUCUCGCGAGUCUCGGUCUGGUCCGGCAGCUCGAGGAAAUCAAGCGAGAGACUACGUCGAAGUAGAAAGCGCACUUGCCGUUUCUCAAUAUUUUUUUAUCUCUCCGUGCGAAAGUGGCGCUUUAAGUUUCGUUAAAUAAGUCCUUAAUAAAUUCAUCAUGAUUAAGUU